AUGCCACUGCGAGCGAGACGAGCCUAAGGGUGGUUCGUUCAAUGACAAUAAAGCAGCAUGAUGGAUGUGACUAUCCUGCUCUCGCACGUAAUCUUGGCUACUUUGAUACGCAUAUUAGAUGCACAGUCGUGUUCGGACUACACUGCUGGCAGCACCGACACUAGUGAGGACAACACAACCACUAAUGCGGCCAUAUAUGUGAACAGGAGGCGCAGGAAGAAGCUGAGUGUAGUGGAACAGUGUAUGCGUGGCACUACUGCUACUACCCUGACAACAGUGAAACUAAUCUUCAAGUGGCAUUUGGGGUAUUCUCAUUCACCAGCAACAUAUACACUCUUCGCGACGGUAGCUACCAUCUUCUCCACAUGGAUAUGCGAGAAAAUACCUUUACCUGUGACACUCUAACACUGGAACCCUCGGAGUACUUCCAGAUACAGGGAGGAGACAGAGUGGGAGCUUACUCAGACCUGAUGGAGACCACAGACUACCUUGACGUUCUCAGAGAUCAUAACAGUAGAAGAGUUGAUUCAUGGACAGGUGGUGGUAGCUGCACACAAGCAGAUAUGGAAAUAUCUCCUACUAUACGUAAUUCCAACAGACAAAGAGCACAGCUCCAUCUUUACGUGGAUAUCAACAUUGAUGAAUGUGCUGUGGGGGAACACAACUGCCAUACAAAUAUUGUGGGAGCUGAUGGAAGCUUUCAGUGUUCUUGUAACACUGGAUACUCUGGAGAUGGUAGAAACUGCAACAAUAUUGAUGAGUGCAGUACUGGUGCUCAUAGCUGUGCACAGCAGGCAACAUGUGCUGACACUGAUGGCAGCUUCCUUUGUACCUGUAAUACUGGAUACACUGGCGAUGGAACUGGAUGCAUUGAUAUUGAUGAAUGUGCUACAAAUGUGGGCAACUGUGCAGAACAAGCUACAUGCACUGAUUUUGAAGGCAGUUUUAGCUGUAUGUGUAACACUGGAUACAUUGGAAAUGGCCUUGAUUGCAGCGAUAUUGAUGAAUGUGACGAUGAUAACAGUUGUGAUGAGAAUGCAGAAUGUACUAACUCGGUGGCAGCUAUUCCUGUUUGUGUUUACCUGGAUACUCUGGGGAUGGAAUGACCUGUUUCAUGACAACACUGUGGGUAGCUACACCUGCCAGUGUCAGUCUGGGUUUAGUGGAGACGGGGUGACGUGUACUGGUAGGUAACUUUUGCACCAUUCUCUGUGUAGUGUGUGUGUGCACCAAACUGCCUAGAUAUUGACGAAUGCACGAAUGAAACUGACAGUUGUGAUGAUAAUGCAAUGUGUACCAAUACCAUGGGCAGCUACUCUUGUUCAUGUCUAUUUGGAUACUCGGGAGAUGGAGAGAUGUGCAUCGGAAGUUAUGAAUGUAGAUGUGAAACUGGCUACAUGUGGAAUGAAAUGCAAUGCAUCGGUAUGUGCAAGAGUAUAAUAGCUAUACAUAGACUUUAUGAUCACUAUUUCAGACAUUGACGAAUGCCUAUCCCACUCGGAAAAUAACUGUAGUGCCAAUGCACACUGCCUUAAUAAUGGUGGUAGUUAUGAGUGU